GUCAAAAAGAAGGUCUACAGAUGGUGAUUCUUCUAGGGGAGGAAAUCACAUCUCUUUGGUGUGGAUUUCUGCUAUGGAUGAGAAGUUAAUUGAAGCUCUUUUGCAUCAAGAUGUGAUUGGAAACCGAGUAAAUUCCGUCUUUUCAACAUCGGCUUACAAUCAAAUAGUGGUUGAACUCCAAGAAAUAUUUCCUGAUAAGCCAAUUGAUAGGGAUAAGGCGAAAAAUCGUGUGAAAUAUAUGAAGUCAAAAUGGGCAGCUUGCUAUGACUUGUUUAAGAAUGCGGGCAACGACUUUGCUUGGAAUCGGAACACUAACAUGUGGAGCGCGAAACCAGAAGUAUGGGAUCGACAAAUUCAGGCUCAUCCAGAAGCUGCUGAAUGGAGGACCAAGACUAUUUAAAAUUACGAUAAAUUACUUUUGCUUUUUGUAGCUGAUAGAGCAACAAGAGAGCAUGCCAAAACUAUGGCUGAGUUACUAGAGAGAAGGCGGGCUUGUACUGAUACUAACGAGGUUGAUGUUGAUCUUACAAUUAAUGGCAUUGAUGAAAUGUUUCUAGGGAGGAAAUCAUCUUGGAGGGUAUUGAUGGUAACCAAGAAGCAAUUGGCAAAGAAGACUUUCUGGGGCUGCAACGGAGACUAGGUCAACAGCAAAUUAACUGAAGAAGAGCAAAAAGUCAAAGGAGGAUGUUGGUCCUGAAAAACAUUAUAAUGGCAUAGAAAA